AUGGAGACUGGGAAGCCUUAUCGUAUGAUUGCUAUAAUUUUGUUGUCAUGUUUUUUUAUUGAGAUCAAAGGGAAUGUCUCUAACUGCAAGUAUACAAAUACAUCGAUUUUUGGAUAUGAAGUUUUGCCCGGAAAUGGAUGGGAUAAUCUCCGAAAUGAAGUGAGAGGUCGAGUUGUCCUUCGCAACUACAGUACUUGUCAAAUCACUGAAGAUGGUCGAUAUCUGCUACCAGAUGGGGUUUUUGCAAUUCCUUUGAAGUCUAGUCAAGUUGAACUCUACUCCCAACUCAUUGAAAACUGGAACAAUUUUACAUCAGAUACGUCCGCGAGUAUCAAUUUAGAUGGUUCAAUCACUAUUGAUGACCUUCCAAUCAACGGGAAGUUCUCCUUAGAAUUUCAGGGAGUAAAGGGCCAUCAAAUAAACGACGAUUCCGUAACGAUGAAAGUUAAAGCAAGGUAUGCUAGAUACUCAGCAAGACUUCAGCCUGUGACGUCACUUGAUCCCACUUUUAUGGAUCGCGUUACAAGUAUUGCUCAACACAUACAAUUUAACCGAACCGCCUCCGCCAAAUAUGAAAGUCAGCUCUUAGUAAGGGAUUUUGGAACUCAUGUUGUUACAAGUAUAGAUGCUGGGGCAUCCAUCGUAAAGAUCGACCACAUAAAUAGAAGUUUAAUGCAAGACGCUUCUGUUGAUCGUUAUCAGCUAUCGCUAAUCGCAAGUUCCGAUCUUUUCCACGGUAGUGGAACAGCAAAUGUGAAUCCUGAAACACUUCAGAAGUAUUACAGUUCUCUGACUCAUUCAUCUGUAAACACUUAUGGAGGACCCAUUUACAAACCUGUAAAUUUCAGUAUCAAUGACUGGGUGGAUGGAAUCCAAGAUGAACUGGUAGCCGUAGAUCGAGCUGGAGAUCCAUUGCAUUUUCUCAUUCAACCAAAACUUUUUCCCAAUAUUCCCGUUUCGACAGUAUAUGAACUAGCCUCCCACGUUGAUCAAGCAAUCAAGGCCUACUACAAAUACAAUACACACAAAGGCUGCACAGAUCGUGAUUCGGACAACUUCAAUUAUUAUGCCAACGUCGAUGAUGGAUCCUGCUCCCACAACAUUUCAGGACUUGUGUUUGGAGGUAUGUUCCAACAAUGCAAUGAAUCGGGAAAUAUUCCAAAUACUUGCCAAAAUUUUGAAAGCAAAAACCCAUUGACUGGUGACUUCACAUGCCCUGAAGGAUUUGACAUAAUACCACUUUUUACUGAUAAGCAAGCAUUUACUCAGUCGAAAAAAGUAUGUUCCAAGUAUAUGGUCUUUUGGUCAAAAUGCCAAGAAGAAUCUGUCAGUGGAUUGGCAACGUUUACAUCUUACUGGUGCGCAGCAAAAGGGCAAUUUGCCAUCCCAACUGGUUUCCUAUUUGGAGGCGUAUUCUCUGACACAAUUGCCAAUUCAGUAACUCAGCAGAAAACUUGUCCGCCAUAUUUUAAUCCCAUUAAAACAGCGAAGGAACUCUAUAUUUGCGUGACAAAUGAUUUUGAAAACGGAGAAAAAUAUGCCAUGCCAUUUGCUGGAUUCUUUAGCUGUCAGAGUGGCAAUCCACUCACAGGAGGACUAGAUACAACCGUCAAUGCUGUCAAAUCCUGUCCCCCUGGUUACAGCCAGCACCUUGCCACAACACAAGACGAUUGUGAUUUGAUGUACUGCACAAGACCAAUCAAAAUACCCGCCAGUCCUUACAUUUCAGUUCAAAGUCCUCCUUUCAUGAAACAACCAUUGGAAACGAAUGCAACUUCCGACUUUUUGGUCAGCGAUGACGGACAGCAAUGGACCCAGCUUUACAGUGUGGACCCCGAUUUUAACGGAUUCAACGGAACUGUCUCUGGAUGGAUUGUAAACGAUGGUUCAAAUCUUAAUAUGGAAUCCCUGCUAGCAUCAAAACAUCCAACACCGAACACAGAUAGAAAAGUACCCCCUCUCAAAGACAUGCUGAGCAAUGAGGAUCUUCAGUCAACAGAAGAGACGGUUGAUAAUGGAGAUAUUUCUGAAAGUCAUCUUUACUUCAUCGUCGGAUGUUCCAUUGCGGCUACUCUUUUCUGCGUUCUUUUUACAACCAUUAUGAUUGCAUAUGUCCUAAGAAGCAAAAGCAAGAACAACUACCACAGAAUGGGAGAUGAACUUCAUUCAGUUAAACACUAA